GAAAAAACCCUAGCACGUCAUUUUGAUCCCCUGUAACAGCUUCUCUUGCCCGAGAGGUGGUCCAUAGGUAUCGUUUCAAAGCAUUCAACAAUGGCGACUGCGAGAACUGUGAAGGACGUCUCUCCUCACGAGUUCGUCAAGGCUUACUCUGAUCACCUCAAACGAUCCGGCAAAAUGGAACUUCCUGACUGGACUGAUAUCGUGAAGACUGGUAGAUUUAAAGAACUUGCUCCCUAUGACCCGGAUUGGUAUUAUAUCAGAGCUGCUUCCAUGGCUAGGAAGAUCUACUUGAGGCAGGGCCUUGGUGUGGGUGCCUUCCGUAGAAUUUACGGUGGAAGCAAGAGGAAUGGAAGUCGUCCUCCACAUUUCUGCAAAAGCAGUGGAGCUGUUGCUCGUCACAUUCUUCAACAGUUGCAAAAAAUGAACAUUGUAGACAUGGAACCAAAAGGCGGGAGAAGAAUAACAUCCAGUGGCCAGAGAGACCUUGACCAAGUUGCUGGACGGAUUGUGGUCGCCACUUGAUCAAUGGACCCAUGAGCUCUGCUACAGCAUCCCACCAUGUUUUGAUAAUAUGUAGUAUUUUGUUAUAGCUUGGAGAGAGGUUGCUUUGGAUUUUUGUUAUAAACAAUUUUUAGUCUCAAAUGCCAGUGUCACACACUAAACUUGUUUCACUUUGUGUUAUUUUGGCGGUUGGAGUUUGGGAUUUAAUCUAUCAUUUUUAAGUUCUGUUUGAGUUGCAAAAAUGUGGUUUGGAUCGGAUAGGCUAGCAGGUUCAUCCUUUAUU